UUCAGAAAUUUAAAAAGGCAGUGAGUGCCCUUAAAGUUCUCUGCAGAGCACAGCCAGGGCAUUGUUUAAUGUUUAUAGAUGGGCAAAGGACAGAAGAACCCAGGUGCUGAAGCCUGACACAGAUCAAACAGAGAUCAGUCUCAAAAGCACAACACUCCCCACUGCACAAAAACAUCUCUGCUGUUUGUGUCACCCAACACAGCCCCCCUGAAUCAACAUUCAAAUAGACAAGAGUGGCACUGGCCCCGGGUAAGGGGAUACCCAGCACAUUUACAUCCCUGCACCUGCCCUGCUCCCAGCAGCAGCGGCACCAAAAUCCCCCCCAGCAGCAGCAGCAGCAGCAGCAGCAGCAGCAGCAGCAGCAGCAGCAGCAGCAGCAGCAGCAGCAGCAGUAGCAGCAGCAGCUCUAUAAAGCUCCUCUUGCCAUCCCUGACACUCCAGCAACAGCAGCCACUGAGCUGCCUCAGGCACUGCUGCCACAGCCCCCUUGGCCAGCACAGCUCUGCUCCCCAGCUCCACCAUGGAAGCUUGUCACUCUCCACACCAAUCCAAUGUCACUUCAUACGGGGCCACAGCUUUGGCCAUCAUCACCCUGGAGGCAUUUGCUGGUGUGUGGAUAAAUGCUUUCAUCGUUUGUGUGCUUGGUAUUGGCUGGGUCAAAAAGAAAACCGUGAACUCUAAUGAGAAGAUCUUGCUGCUGCUGGGAUGCUCCAGGUUUUGCUCUUUGUGCUUCUCAUGGAUAGAUGCCUUUCUCUCAAACCUUUACCCUGACUGCCUUCGGGUUCAUUCCAUACUUCAGCUACUUCUAGGUGCUUAUAGUUUUUCUAAUUGUUCCAGCUUGUGUGUUUCAGCCUGUCUUUGUGGUUUUUAUUGUGUAAAAAUUGCCAAUUUCAGGAACAGCCUCUUCAACUAUCUGAAAGUAAAAAUUGACAAGCUGGUGCCGUGGCUUUUGUUGGGGUCAGUGAUUUUCCCCCUUAUUAUUGGAAUUCUUGUCUACAAUGCUAUUGAUAAAGCUGUCUCUGAAAAGCUCAAUACCACGUGCCAAGGAAGAUUUUGGAAAGCUUCUAUCAAAAUAGAGGAACAUUUUUACCGUCUUUAUUUUGUCACUGGCAUUUUAUUUACUGCUUCAUUCAUGGCAGUCAUCUCUUCUGCUGUUUUCCUUCUCUUCUCUCUCUGGAGACACAAACACAAGAUGCAGACAAACUUCAUGAACAGCCCCAGCAUGGAAGCCCACAUCAGAGCAAUGAAAUCUAUUCUCUCCUUCUUCAUCAUGUACAGCAUCAACUUUGUGUCUUUGAUCCUGACUCUAAUUUAUGCAAUGAAAUACCAAAAACAGGUGAUAAUUUAUCUUAACUUAAUUCAACAUGCUUUUCCAGGUGUUCAUUCCCUUAUUCUGAUUUUCAGCAAUCCCCAGCUGAAAAAGAAACUGCUUAGGAUUCCUUCCUGUGUGAAGCACAUAGUUUGCAUGAGAUAGAAAGUGUAACAAAAGCUGGAGCUCCUGCAAAAUAUUUCUAGAGAAAACAAGUUCCAUUAAUUUUCACUGCAACUCUCUAGGCAGUAGAGAUCAUAGACAAGUUCAGAAAUAUAUAUUUCAAAUUCUUUGAACUUUGCUUAUGAGGUAAAUAAAAUAUUAUUUGCAUUUAUUUAAAACAUCUCUCAGAGUUAACCUUUUUUUAAUAGCAAAGUCAUUUAGACUUUUUACAGAGGCAAGAUGCAAAAGGAUAAUAAUCAUGCAAACCUGCCACAAAUGCUUUGAUUUUCACUGAUUGAACUGACUGAAUGCAACCACAGGUUGACCUCUAUUUUGAUUUACCUUGCUUCCUGCUGUGGCCCUGUGCUGUGGGAUCUGUCAUGGGCUGUAUCAGUGUCUGGCAGUGGCCAAUAGCUCUGGGUGAACAUGCUGAGCCCUGGCCCUCACCAGAGGUGGUCACUGAUGCACAAAGAGCGAGGCAGGAACAGCCCUGGGGAGCUCAGGGGGUGCAGAGCCCCCUUCCCACGCCAGCCCUGCGUGUCCUCUCUGCCCCACUGCCUGCAAGGACAGCAUUCCCUGCUCUGUGGGACUGCUCUGCUGGCCUGCUUGGACCUGGGCAUGAGAUUGGCUUUGCCCAGGGCACUCUG